CUUGUUUUCUCGCGGUAUCAGCGCGAUUUUAUAAAAUACAAGGGAAGCUGAUGGUCGUUAUUAAAUCGUGGAGAUGUUAUGAGUGGUAGAGAUUUAAGGAAGUUUCUGAACUUCCAUCGAGAUGCGAUAGGAUCGUCAGAUAAUUCAUUAGUGACCCGAGUGACAGAAGGCCAUAGAAGCAGUCGCUACAAGCCCAUAGACUAUGCCAAGCUACAGGCCUUUACCCAGAUUAAAAGAGCAGCUGGGAACCGCACCUUGCAAAAGAUUGAACAGAUUACACAAGCUCGUAAACAAACAAAGGAGCAAAACUUAUUGCAACAGCACAAAGCAUGCUGGUCAAAAGAGCAAAUCAAGUUAGCAAGCUUGCAGAAGAAGUAUCAGAACGAGCUGGAUGGGAUACGCCCAGGAAGCCCUUAUAGCUAUCAUUCAAUUGUAGAGUUCUUUAGAGAAUUGGAAAUCUAUGAAGACUUGCUCAGUGAGGAAAUGAAAGAUUUCAAGAAGAAGACUGUAGACCCAGUAUGGGACCUGCGUGAGGAUUUGCAGUUCUGGUUGGGGGAAAACAGAGAAAGAUUGAUUUUAGGUGAAGCAGAUCGCGACCAUGCAGAAGUAAUGGAUGUUGUAAACUCUGUAAAAAUACAACAACAGCAAGUGAUGGGAAAACUUGAGCAUGAACAGCGACAGCUUGAAGCAGAGCUUGAGAGCUCUCCCUUUCAACUCCUGGUAGCUCCUGGUCCUUCCUCGGAAGUGCGGGUAAUUAAAACUGGUAUCCCCGAAGAAGCUUUGAACCUUGAGUGUCCAGAUGUUGACUUUCGUGAGUCUGUUCUGCAAGAGUUUCUCUUACUGGAUAAGAAGUAUGAGUCCUACCUGGAAUAUCUGGCCCUCAAGUACUCUGGUGCUGACAGUUCUGACAUAGGGGGUUGGACGAAAGAAGAUCAUUUCCACUUCAUGUGUAUUCUGGAGCAAUACCCACCAGAGUUACCAAACAGGAGAAUGCUCUACAUUGAUAGGAUGCUACGGGAAAUACCCCACAAGACUAGAGCUGAACUGGUCCAGCAUGAGAAAUGGUGGAUGGCACACAAGUUCUACCAUGAGCAACGCUUGAGCUCAUUACGAGCCUGGUCUAAUGAUCGUGAAGAUUUACUAUUGAAGGCCAAGGUGACGUUUUUAGAAGCCUUAGCAGCCCACGAGGAAGCCGUCAACAAAGAGAUAACUAGACAAAGGCAGCAGCAAAUUUGCCAAGAGCUUUACGAAAAGGUUUUAGCAUUCAGGGAGCAAAAACUUGAAGCACUCAGACUUCAGUCAGCAAUCGCUGCCAGAAAAGAGGAAGAAGAACGAGAAAUGGUUAAGGCUCUUCGUGAGAGGGAGGCAAAAAGAAGAGAACAAAUCCAUGAAAAGAUACAAAAGUAUGAAGACCAGAAGGCCAGACAGAGAAGAGAGGAAGCAGAACGUGAGGCCAUUAGACUGGCAGAGAUCCAAGCACAACUUGAGGAACAAGCCAAGCUUGACAGAGAAAGGGUUAAGUUCAGAGAAGAAAAACAGAAGGAAAAAGAAGAAGCAAGGCAAAGAGCCCAUGAAGCUGCGCUAGAGGCCGAACGGGAGAAAGAGCAAAGACUUGACAGUCUUAGAGAAAUGGUUCAAGUUCAUGUUGAAAAUGAUCCUGAACGAGUGUUCAAACAAACAGAGGCCACCCUAGCAAGACUGGCAAGUGCCUAUGAUGAGGAAACAGAGUUACAAAAACCUCUUUUUACUGUGUAUGGUUAUGAGGAUAGGAAGGUAUCUAGUGACCCAAGAUUAAAGGUAGAGCAAGCCCUUAGAAAUGCAGGACUCCAUUCCACUGAUUACGCCCGUAGAAUACUAGCGACAGUGAAACCCCCUCAGCAACCACGCAAGGACCAGCAAUCAACAUUAUUCAAGGACAACUAAAACACAUCUACACAGGUCAAUAGGAACCUUAUCGUGAAUGUCAAUGAUGCUUCCUCUGCAUGCGAAAA